GCGGGGGCGGCAGUGGCAGUGGCAGUGCGCGCUCGGCGGCCAUGGAGGCGGCGGGGCCGCAGGCGGGCCCGGGCCCUGCGGCGGAGCCGCGGCCGGGAGCCGAGGAGAUAGACAUGUCCCUGGAUGACAUCAUAAAACGCCACAGGAAAGAGCAAACAGAUGCCAGCACCGCAGGGGAGAGGCGAAGGCAGCAGGUCAAGAACAGGAAUUUGGCGUAUGGGUACGGGCGGCCUCGUUUCCACGCCUGGAUGCAGAGGAAUUUGCAAGGACCUAACCGUUUUAGAAGAGGGUUUGGACAACAGCAAUACAAUCGGAGACAAUUCAGGAAUACUGUGCCCGGUCCCAGGAGAAGAGCAGCUGCUGCAUUAAAUGGAGUGAGCCCUUUAAAUCGCCAGGCAUCAGCUCAAGAGGGCGACCAGAGCAGCGAUGCUUUCUCCAAAAGCAGCAGCGGUGGGCAGCCAGAGGGACGGCGACGGCCACCCCCCGGCCCCAAGAGAUUCAGAGCAGCUGCUGCCAGCACCCACGCCCCAGGGAGAAGCCAGCCUUUCCUGCUAAACAGAGGACCAGCCUUCCAGCAGGAGCGGGUGCAGCAGCGGUUCUCCAAAGCAAACUUUCAGAGAGGGCAGAUGGAUGCUAAUGGAGAGGGGAAACCACCAAGGAUGAGAAGGUGGCAAGUGAAGCCCAGCCCUGGAGCAGUUCUGACGGUUUCUGUGGCUAAUCCCCAGGCGGGCCAGACCAGCGCGCCCGGAUCCAAGCGCCCGUUCCUGCGAAGCCGGAGGCCCCCGCCGCGGGCGGCCAAGCCCCAGCCCAAGGGGGUGCUGCUGAGGUUCAACUUCCGUGCGAUGGCCAACCAGACCAGCCUGACAAUGGAUGAGAGGUUCUCUGGUCUGAGGAAUAAGAGGCGCUUUGCAGCAGCCAGGAGCGCCGGCCGGACAGUCACCAUGCCUUAGCACCACAUGCUUAUCACAGGGACUGCCCGUAACAGUCCAGGCCCCGAAACGGGCAGCUCAAUAAAACUCGGUAGAUUUCCUCUGAGAUAUAGCUAAUUUGGCAAUGUGCCGUCUACUUCCUUACGUGCAGAAUGAGUGAGCGAUGGAGGGCAGGGAUGAGGCAGGACGAGAGUAGAGGCCGAAGCCCGGGGCAGGUGGGGUGUGAGCGGGGCGGUGGAGCGGGAUGAGCAGAGAUGGGUUUGCUGGGAGCGCUCUGCCGGGGAGCCGCGGGGGUGGCACCGGCCCUGUCCCCCCAGCUAGGGCACCCUGUGCUGCCCGGGGUGACUCCUGCGAGAGCGGCGGGGGGGGGGGGGGGGGGGGGACCAGCUCUGAGCCAAACCUGUGGAGCCUUCCCCGUGUUGCCCCUCGGGCGGGACAGGGGUGAGGACACUGUCCCUGCCCGGGGGGGAGGCAGAGCGGGGAGGGGAGCGUGUGCGGGGCUGAGGGCCGUGCCCGGCGGUGCCACCAGCUCCAGCUGCUCACGUUCCCCAGCGUCCACCUAAUCGCCCGAUUCGUUGUGCGUGCAGGCAUCUCUUCCCCGGAGGUUUGCAGUGUAAGACCCCUCUCCAUCCUGAGAAUGUCUCCCUCUGCCGCGAUAGUCAGGCCUGAGCACAUUUCUCUUUGGUUUGCCGUGCUGUUCUGACUGCUGCUGCGGUUGCAGGGACGGGGUGAGACGUGCCGUGCCGAGCCACCGGCGUGACUGUCCUUGGCGGGGAGCACAGAGGCGGGCUGCCCCAGCUCGAAUCGGGUUUCCCAGUGCUGCAGUAGUUCUGCAUUAGGGAUUUCGUAGGUGCAGCUCCACCCGUGCUCAGAGCAGCGGCGUAACCGAACUGGCAGCUGCAGGAGGGAGGCCAGGCUCUACAGCAGCCCGAUAAAUACUGGCUGAGAUGUUAAUGAGUGGGGUCUAGACCUUUGUGAAGGAAGCCCUGCAACAACCGUGAGUCACUGAUCCAUUCUCCACCCCUGGCUGCAACCCAGCACUGAAUGCACUGGACACAGCCUGUUACUGGGCUCUAAGCUAUACUUAUUAAAGUAAAUAUGUGAUAGACUGCUUUACAUUUUACACCAAGCGUCUUUAACAAGUGACUGGACUUGGCGUUGGUUUUACGGGAAUGUGUGAAAUGUUGUUAGUUGACAAAGCCUUGAUGUACGAGUCCAAUGCACUGAAUAAAAAACUAACCUGUCAAA